AGGUUUCACGAUCGUUACCUCUCGGUCGGUCAGUCAUUCGUCGGCUAUCAACCACGAUCGUUAUGCUGUCACAGUGUUAGCGCAGUUAUGAACACGCUAGUUGCACUUACUCUAGCCUUCUCUUUGUCGACUUUAUCGGCAUCGCUGGCAGAUGGUGGUGUGAAAAGAAGUCCGAAACCACCAUGGGCACGUCCGAUGAACAACAAUUACAACGAACAGCCGAAUUACAAUGAGCGCAGAGGUCCACCGGGUGGUAUUCCUCCAGGAUUAUCCGGCAGGGUUCCGCCAGGUUUGAGCGGUGAUGGUCCUCCAGGAAAAAGUCAAGGAAAAGGUCAAGGGAAACCGAAUUCCGGUCGUAAACCUGGAGGUAAACCUUCUUGGUCCGGAGAAUUGAUCGAUGAAAAAGAAAUCAUGAAUUCGAGUCAACAACUAGGGGACAAUGAAGUGUACUGCAAGAAAAACGAGUUCCGUUGUAGAAACGGCGAAUGUUUGCCGAGUACCAUGAGGUGCGACAACAAAUUCGAUUGUCGCGAUUCAAGCGACGAGCUAGACUGCGUUCGAGAAGCGGAAAACGAAACCGGCUGCGCCCUUCCUGAACAACCUGAAGGUGGAAGUUACGAACUAGGUGGUUGCGGUAAACCUUGCCCCAAACGUUCAGGAGAUAAAGUUCCCAGGAACAGCAUUCUGACUUACACCUGUAGACGGAAUUACAUUUUAAACGGAAGCGCCGUUCCCGUUUGCGUUAACGACGCGUGGUACAAUCUGCCUUCCUGUCUCAGAACGUGUCCUUCAUUGAACAGCAACACGGUGAAUAUUUUAUGCACUUACCAAGGAAACGAAGUGUCUUGCAGCGAUCGAAUUAAACCUGGAACAGUGGCGACUUUGUCGUGCAAAUCGUCCUACAAAUUGCCCGUGACGAAUGACCCAGGCUAUCGCACAGUCACUUGUCUCGAAGACGGAUUAUGGGACCGUCGUCUCUUCCGUUGUCUUCCUGAGUGUGGAACACCGGUUUCACAUGGUAAUACUUUGGUCGUGAAUGGAUUCGAAGCCAAAUUAGGCAUAUUUCCAUGGCACGUUGGUAUUUAUAGCAAAGAUAAAGAUGAAUAUGAGCAAAUUUGCGGAGGCACUCUUAUAAGCAACAAUCUAGUUAUAUCAGCCGCUCAUUGUUUCUACGACGAGGUGUACAAUAAAGCCAACGACAAAUCCCAGUACGCAAUAGCAGCCGGCAAGCAUUAUCGUAAUUGGGAUGCCAAUGAACAGUACGCGCAAAAAUCCAUGGUGAAAGAGAUUUUGUUACCGGAAAGGUACAUCGGAGCUAGAGCAAAUUUCGCCCAAGAUAUAGCUUUGAUCAAAUUGAUCACUCCCUUUGAAUUGACCGCACUGGUGCGACCGAUUUGCAUAGACUGGGACAGCGAGUACGAACGGGUGCAGUUGCAAGUGGGUCAAAGCGGCAAGUCUGUUGGUUGGGGUAAAACGAUCAAAGAUAGAUCCAGUGAGACCCUCCAAGAAGUGAACAUGCCCUUCGUGCCCUACGAUCAGUGCCUAUCAGCAGUGCCUGCUGAUUUUCGGGGAUACAUCACGUCUGAUAAAUUUUGUGCUGGACGCUUGAAUGGCUCGAGUCUCUGCGAAGGGGACAGCGGAGGCGGUUUGUGCUUCAAAAUACAUGAAACUUGGUACAUACGAGGUGUAGUCAGCGUCAGUCCAGUGAAGGCCGAUAGAUGUGAUUACCAUUCUUACACGGUAUUCACCUCGACUGACUACUUCCGAGAUUGGAUUCGUGCCGCUUACAUCAAUUCGUAAAUAAAGGCUACUUAAUGACUGUUCUUAAUAUUUCCAUGACAUUGAUCAGUGAUGAACAGCAAUCAACGAUCGGUACAUAUUGUAGAUUAAAUGAGAAAAAAUGUACUGUUUUGAGUAAGCAAACGGAAUACACAUGAAUACCUCGUUAAAUAUAUGUUUACGUAAUAAAUCAUAUAAUCUGUUGGGUAACAGUUAUUAAUCUUGAUCUCGCACAGGUUAUAGUACAAGAAUCACACGAAGGAUAUUUUGAUGAUUCACCAAAAAAUCUGGCUUGAUCUACGGCGAAGCUCGGAUUGAACUGCUUUGCCUUUGGUAUCGGUUUUAUCCAACCGGGAAUCUAAAUUAGCAACAGCAACGAUUCGUUAUUUAUAUCGAAACUUUGAUAUUUACGACGCGAAACCGCCAGAAUGAAAACAAUUUUUUUUAAAUUUAUUCGAGUAGUUCAUAUUUCCCGUAGGAAUUUCCAAACGGUAUCAAGAUUAUUUAUGGCAGUGUUCUAUGACUAUUGUUGAUUUUGUAAAAUCAUGAAUGAUUUUAGUAGACUCUAUUAGUAUGUUAAAAUUGAAUUAUAAUACAUUUUCGUGAUGAUAAGCAGACGGAGAAAAAUGGGAAUUGAAUACAGGAAGUGAUUACAAAAUCCAUUAAGCUGUAAGCUAAUUGCGGCAGUUUAACGCGAUAACAACUAAUUAUUUAAUCAACGCACCCGCGUAAUCGUGGAUGUUGAGCAUCAGUGAAAUACUCGAAUCGAACGGUGUACAGAACGUGUUACACAUUUAUGGGAGUCUGUGUUUACUUUGCAUAACUAUUCAUACGCUUAUGGCUGACGCGUGUUUACACAUUUACGAAUGGGCUUACGACUGUGCAACUAAAGCGAUGGAUCGAUUGUUUAAUAAAAAUUGAUACCCAAUAUUUAAAAAAUUCCUGAGCAACAAUAUCGUGCCGUUAAAAAUGAGCUACCUUUUUUCGAAUGUGCGUUCGCGUUUCCAGGCGAAUGAAAAAUUUCAUUUAAAUAAAAUCGUCCUGAAAUGAACUGAAAUUGCAACGAACGUGUACGCCGGAACAAAAGUUGUUUCGAUUCAAAAAAAAAACUUCAAUUCAGGAAAUAUUUAUGCGGUUAGAAACGAGAUAAAAAUUUGUAUGAUCAAAUUAUGCAACGUAAAAAUUGAAAAUCGUCCAAGACUAUAUUCAUUGUUUAUACGUUAAAUUUCAAUGCCGGAUUUCGUCUGGAAAUUCAUUUCGACGGAAUUUAUAAUGUCUAUCUGAUGGAAUUUCAUUAUCAUACUCGUAUAUUUGGUUCUGCUUGAAAAUCAUCAAUAUGCAAAACGAAAUAAAAAUAUUCCUUGGUUUGUUAGCCAUUUGGUCGAUGUUCGAUGUUUUCGAUGCUUUUGGAGUAACGACAACGAGGAAUCUUUGUUCGCCCGUCGAGAAAAGGUAAAUUGUUUAUUUAGAAUCUAAUUUAUCGACCUGUUUUUAAGUACAGGUAAGUCUCGAUUAAUGUUAGUUCACAUAGUGUGAUAUUUGCAUUUAAUGCGAACAAAAAUUCAGUUAAUGCGAGGCUUGCGAGACUUCUUUCGAUCCAGACAUGGAUCGAAGCAUGCAAGUUAACAGAGCCUUGGAUAAAAUACUGCGGGUUUAUUAUCACAUAUACGAAGAUAUGAAAAAGCAAAAGAAAGUGCAAUCAACACUGUUAAAAUACUUAAAAAAAUAAUAAACAUGUUUAUGCUAUUAUAAUUAAGUAAUAUACGUAUGAAAGGUA